AUGGUUACGCCGGCGGUGGCGGCGAGGAGGCCCAGGGCGCGGCGGCCGUUCGCGGCGGUGGCGUCGCUGUCGGCGGCGAGGAGGCGGGUCAUGCCGCCGCCGACCGCUACUACGCCGGGGUCGGAGAACGUCGAGCCGUCCGACGGGACGGCGUCGUUCGAGCAGUGCCUCCGCCGGUUCAGGAAGUUCUCCGGCGAGGCGGCGGCGGCGGCGGCCGCGAAGCCCGCCUUCCCCGUCGGCGCCAAGCCCGCGGUCCUGAAGAGCAAGAGGUGCGCCGCGACGCCCGCUGCCAGGAAGCCGGCGGUGCCGAGGACGCCGAGCAGGAAGAGGCCCGAUUCCGCCUCCUCGCGCAGGAAGUCCUCUGCGGCGGCGCCCUACGAGGCGCCGCGCGCGCCGCUGUGGGACUUCUCCGAGGAGCCGUGCGGCAAGAAGGUGCGGGCGAGGCUCUCGUCGCCCUGCGACGCCGGCGCCGCCGCGGCGGCGGAGGAGCCGCGGAAGGCGGCGGCGUGGGGCGCGACGCUCGAGGAGGCCAUGGCGGGCCUCCCGGAGCCCGGCGAGGGCCGCGUCAGGUACCUGGUGGACACGUUCGAGCGGCUCCUGUCCCUGUCCCGCGACGGCACCCACGAGGCGGCGGGGCCGAGGAGGAGGGUGAUGAUGAAGAGGGCGGCCUCGGCGUCGUCGUCGCCGCGGAAGGCCGAGGAGAUGGACAUGGCGUCGUACCCCUCCGUCGCGUCGUCCUCGUCCGAGGUGUCCUUCUGCGUCGCCGACCUCCCCCGCCGCGGCAGGAGCGGCGGCGGCGCGCGGGACGAGCGGCAGUUCAGGAGAUGCAACAGCAUCGGGUCCUCGGAGAGGAGCUGGAGCAGGAAGGUCACGAGGCAGCAUCCCUUCAAUCUCAGGACCGAGCAAAGAGGAAAGAUGAAGGAAGGAAAUCUUGUGGAGAGGAUGAGGAGGAUGCUGCUGGAGGAGGAGAGGCUGCGCAACCCGCUCGCGCAAGGUCUUCCAUGGACCACCGAUGAACCGGAGAACCUGGCGAAACCGCCAACGAAAGAGCCCACUGAACCAUUCGAUGUCGUGCUUCAUAGCGCCGUUCGUGCAGUGGGUCGCGCCAGGUUUGAUCAUCAGAUCACUGAGCGUAACAUCUUCCUGGAGAAGGUGGAGCUGGAGAGGGAGAGGCAGCAGAAGAUGGAUGAAGAAAUUGAGAUCAAACAGCUAAGGAAGGAGCAGGUGCCGAGGGCGAUCCCGAUGCCGGACUUCUCAAGGCCAUUUAUGCCCAAAAGGUCAGUGAAGCCCCAGACUGUUCCCAGGGAGCCAAGGUUCCACACUAGGCCGACGAGGCACAGUCCCAAGACUCGGUCAUAGCUGCCUCCGGUCAGAUCAAAGAUUCAUCUUCUUCUUCCAUUGGCCAUUACGCUACGCACAAGAAGACUUAGUCACUGAGAGAAUUGUACUAGCAAAUGUCGCCGCCAUUGGGCAGAUCGCUGCUUGGCUAAUGGCUUUCUGACAAAAAAAGGAAAGGACACACACACAGAACAAGCUUUUGCAGUAG